UUUACAGGUUAUCCGCUUUAAAACUUUUGACACGUUUACAUUUAUAUCGGAAAAAGGACACACAAGAAAAGGACGUCUUUUGUUCAUAGUGGUGAAUUUCUCUGUUUGGAAAUCUACAUUUGUAACAUGUGGGCGAAAGGAAUUAAUGCAGAAAGUUUAUCGUGUUGUGUCUGACAAUAAUGACAGUCGACAGAUGUGCAAAUGAAUUGACGUACCGAUUUAGAUAAAAACACCAAAUUUUCAAAUAAUAGUUCCAUCUCUCAAAGAGGUAUUUCCACCUGUACAUAGGAAUUCCAGGAAAAUAAAGAUGGGUUCAACUCCAAGUCGAUAUGAUGACAUUUCGAAAAACACGUAUUUGGAACGCUUUUGCAGCAAGGAACCCAUACCUCCGACCGAUCCUUUCUGGAAUCGAUUUCUGUCAUACAACAUACGACCACCUUUAACAAGAAAUGAUCAGAUUGAACUGGAUUCUAGUCUAGAUAUAACAUGCCAACAAUUACUUGUUAACAAUCAAACAACAGGAAACAUAGGUUCUCUGAUAGAAGUCUCCCUUGCGAGAAUGGCCGAGCUUCUUAUAACUAAACAGUCAGAAAACAUUAUGUACGCAUGGCAAACUUAUAACGCAUUAUUUGCAAUAAGAUGCGUUUUGAAGUAUCUUAUCGAAACAGUAGGAGAAGCGGAAAUGGUUCAACACACCGAAAUUCAUGCUGAUUCUUCUGAAAUACAAGAAGCGACACCUUUUCGGUUGCAAGCUUUUUUUGAAACUCUGAGAGAUGUUAUUGUUAACGUACCACUUUGCGAGUUUACUUACCUGGUACAUCUGGAGGCGAUUAAUUGCUUGCUCGUGAUGCUAUCAGUACAAUUAUUUUCACAGACUUCAGCAGAAUACAGUACUAUUUACAGAAUCGUAAUGCACGAAGAACAGAGUGCGAGUGCUCCAAUUGUAGUUUGCACAUUACUUAAUAAUUUUGCUGAGCAAGAACAUGCACCGCCUGGUUUACUUACCCAACAGCCAGGAAGUAGCAUUGUUUUAAGCAUUGCUGCUGGUUUGUGGAAUGUAAUCACAAUGGGAAUGGGAAAUAGUCGAAAAAAUGUACAAAUAAGUAACGGAGGCUCAAGUGAGGAAAUCGAACGAAAGCGCGAUACUGAGACUCCAUUGGCUAGCCAGUCAUUGUUACUUUUACUAGUCUUGACAAAUCACUGGACAACUUCUCAGAAUCCAUAUCGAGAUGCUUUAUUUUCAUUCUCAGAUGUGAAAGUUACAGCUGAUCAUUCCGGAGCACAAUCGCAAAUGAUUCCAUCCUUUAGAUUCAAUUUCAAUAAACUGUACUCAACGAUUUGUAGAAUAAAGAAUACCGACGAAGUGACUCUGCUUCUGUAUAUGCUUCUGCACAGAAAUCCAAGUGUUAAAGAGUAUAUCAUGAAAUGUGCUGAUAUCCAAUUGUUGGUUAUACCAAUUCUGCGGAUAUUAUAUCAUGCACCAGACAACACGUCACAUCAUAUUUAUAUGUCUCUCAUCAUUCUUUUAAUUUUGAGCGAAGAUGAGUUCUUUAACAAGAGAGUUCAUGAAAUCACAUUAAAAGGCAUAAGUUGGUACACAGAAAGAUCCAUUAGUGAAAUAUCUCUAGGGGGUCUUCUAAUUCUCGUAGUAAUCCGAACUAUUCAGUACAAUAUGUUAAAAAUGCGAGAUAAAUACCUGCACACGAAUUGUUUGGCAGCUUUAGCGAAUAUGUCAGGCCAAUUUAGAAAUUUGCAUCCAUAUGUAAGUCAGAGGCUAAUCAGCUUGUUCGAAACCCUGGCAAAAAAGCAUGUUAAAUUAGAGGCAAAAAUACGCGGUCAGCCACUGACAAAUUCCACGGAUGUUAUCAUUAAUACAAAUGGAAAUGUCGCGAAUGCAGACGUGAUACAGGAUCUAACUAUUCUGGAAGAAGUUCUGCGAAUGGUGCUAGAGAUAAUAAACAGUUGUCUGACACAUCAGUUACCUCAUAACCCAAAUUUGGUGUACACGCUUCUAUACAAGAAAGACAUUUUUCAACCCUUCAGAGUUCAUUCCGCUUUCCAAGACAUUGUGCAAAACAUAGAUUCUGUAAUCAAUUUCUUCUCUUAUAAAUUGGAACAAACAGACCAAUCGCAAAUUGGCGUCAGUGAAGUGUUAUCUACCAUACAACAAGGAACUAGUCAGUGGCCAAAGGAUCGUUUGCGGAAAUUCCCAGAACUGAAAUUUAAAUACGUUGAGGAAGAACAACCCGAAGAAUUUUUUAUUCCCUACGUAUGGAGUGUUGUUUGCCAAGGUGCUUUGCUUCACUGGAGUGCCGAAAAUAUCAAAUUAUUCUUGCCAAGUAGCGGUGAACAAACUACAAUUGUGGUUUGCUGAUGGACAGUGGAUUUGUCCUGCUCUAUCGUGGAAGGUUCAAAAUAACCGGAGACAUCCUCGAACCCACAAAUACAAGAAAAAUAUUAUUAAUAAGUAUCACAUCAUGUGGAAUGAAAUGAUAUUUAAAACGCCUGGAUAAAUUUUGUUGUUAAAAUAUGUGAUUCUGUCAAAUCAAAAAUUUGAAGAAUUACAAAAUGCGCAAAUCAUAAAAUACGGGAAAUCGCCCAGUUUUUUUCCGGAUGGGUGGUCACACUGCACACUUACAUCCUAUUGUAUAGUAUUAAAACUUUACUAUAUGAAAUUAAAAACUUUCAGUAUUGACCGCUACCAUUGUGCGACUCCAUCAACAACAAAAAAAGAGAAUAAAAAACUGAACUUCACCUCAAUGAAGUAUCAAAUUUAUCAGUUUGUUUAUCUUGUGCAAUAUCGGUAAGCCAUUCUGUAUUAUAAUAAGAAAAAGUACUAUUAUUUCUGAGCAGGCUCUAAAAUAAUUUGUUACCACUGUUUAAUUUAAUUUAAUGCAAUUCUAAAACUGCUUUUUCCAUACUGUAAAUUCAGUUUCGUCGUUUUCUAAAACUAAAAACAUGUAAACCCGAUUUUUUACUGCUAGUUGUACAUAUAUACAAUCCUAAAUCUAAGCUCGACAGGACUGUUUAAUAAGAUAGUUAUUCAAGAUACACAAUCCUCAAAAUUUGUACAUAAUAUAAUCUUAGCGAUUAUGUAUGAAAUAAGCUAAUAUGCAGCAAAUAAACAAUUUUAUUAUUUAUAACAAAGAA